CCCGCGCGCAAGCAGCCCAAAAGGCUUCGUUGAGUCCGGGCGGGCUAGUCGCUGUGACGGUAUCUCAGUUGAAAUGAGAUUACCUGCCUUUACCGUCGAUAUUUUUGUCUAGCUAAGCCUUUUUGAACGCGGGAAGGUGGUGGCUACGUUCGAGCCGUGGACCCAUGAAGCGAAGAGUAUAAUUUUGGCUGAAAUUACUUCAGCAAAUUUCCGGAGUUGGCUAGCCUAUCACGCUAACAGAGCUGUAUAUGUUCCUGUCCGGCGUAUUGCUAAGGAAGCACCACCCUCGCUUUGCUCAGCGUGAGGGGCUCACACUCUGCUCAUCGGAGACCAUUUCGCAUUUAGAAUGGCGAGCGCUGUGAUCCAGCGAGUUAUCUGCCUUUGCAAUUACUUACAAGAUCCUUACCAUGUCGCCAGAUUUCAGCAGCGUUGUGGCGUUAAAGGGACAUUUCCUCGCAAAUCACCCGAGACCGAGAAGGAGGCGGGCGAGCUGGAGCUGUCGCCUAACGGUGCGUGCAUGAGACGGGGUCAGGAGGAGGGAGAGCAGGGAGUUAAAGGCCCUCAGCUUAGAAAGAGUGCAAAUACAAGUGUAAGAAAGAGCGAAAACAUACACGGCUCUCCCAAUGGAGCAGCUGCGGUGUCUAGCACAGACACACCGGACGGAGAAAAUGCAGGGCCAACCAAAAGCAGCUCUGGACUGUCUGAUGCCCCCAGGCAGAUCAGCAGCAGCACCGGUGGCAAAAAAGGAGACUCGAGGGGCAGGGUGAAGCCCCUCCGCAAGAACUCAUUGACUGGUGAUAUUGGACAAGAGUUUAUCAUCGAGAAUAAGUUCCUGUUCUAUCUUUUCACCGUUGGGACUGAACUGGGCAAUGAGAUGUUCUUUAUUGUUUUCUUCCCCUUCCUCAUGUGGAAUGUCGAUGCCUAUGUCACCCGGCAGGUCAUCGUGGUGUGGGUCUGGGUUCUGUUUUUCGGACAGUCCACCAAAGAUCUCGUUGGAUGGACACGUCCAGCCUCCCCGCCCGUGGUUAAAGUGGAGGUCUUCUACAACUUUGAGUACAGCAUGCCGUCUGUGCACGCCAUGACCGGAACCUCUGUCCCUUUCUGCCUCUUUCUGCUCACUUACAACCGGUGGGAGUACCCUUUCCUCUUUGGACUAAGUGUGGCCAUAGGCUGGAGCUUCCUGGUAUGCAUAAGCAGAAUCUACAUGGGCAUGCAUUCUGUAUUGGAGGUGAUCGUGGGCUUCCUCUACAGCUUGUUGAUCCUGGCUGCCUUUCAUCCUGUGCUGGACGUCAUCGACACAUUCUAUCUGUCCAGCAGCUCUGCUCCUCUGGUCAUCCUGCUGCUGCAUGUUGGCCUGGCCCUCGUGGCUUUCUCCCUGGACUCCUGGAGCACAUCACGGGGGGACACAGCUCAGGCUCUGGCCACUGGAGCAGGAGGUGCUUUAGCUUGCCACCUGAACCACCAGCUAGGCCUGCAGCCAGACCCUCCACUAUCUUCCCUGCCCCUGAAACUGCCCGUUAUUGACAGAGCUCUGCUGGGACGCUCGCUUCUGCGGCUUCUGGUGGGCGUGACCGUGCUGCUAGCCGUGCGAGCGGUCAUGAAGGCCGUGGCUAUCCCGCUAGCUUGCCGGCUUUUUGGUGUGCCCUCUGACGACGUGCGUAAGGCCCGGCAGAACGCUAAUGUGGAACUGACCUAUCGCUUCCUGGUGUACGGCACGGUGGCUUUCUGCUGUGUCUUCCUGGUGCCACUCUUCUUUGACUACCUGAACCUUUCCUGAAGAAGCGGUUCAGCUUCUGUGUUAGCCAGUAAUACAUCAUCAGUUCCUCUCUGCCAAUGCUCCAUACUUAAUUAAGGCUUGGAUUUGGUCCAUUUUAAUCAGAAUGUUUUCUUUGGGAUGAGCUAAUUUCCAAGCUUCUAGUGCAAGGCAAAGAAACCACUAAAGCAAAUGAAUUUUGUUUUGAAAGUAUUAAAAGUAUGUUAAUUCAUAAUAAUUUAAUUUAAUUUUUUAUUUUGUUAUUUUUUUUGCUUAACAUUGUUAUUUUGCUUUAAUUUUUAAACUACUAAAUUUUUAUUGGUGUCAAUGUGUUUGCUAGAUCCAUGACAUUAGUAUUAGAUCAGGUUUCUGAUUUGCACCUCUCUAAAAUAAGAAUGAUGGACUGGUCAUCAGCAGAAGAUUUAUCUCCUACCUCUGAGGCCUAUAAAGUAGUCCUGACCUUCAGAUUGAGGUGUGCAGAAAUCCAUAAGAUCAACUACAAUAUAACGCAGCCCGUGUCUUUGACGUGUGGCUGUAAAAGACCCAGGCGACAGAACGGAACUCGGCAAUGUUUCUGACAGGCGAAAUCUACUCUGUUCACAACAUUCAGCUUUGUGAUGUGUGGAUCCUGUUUGUUUGAUCUCCACCCAUCUCCUCAACGGCCAUACUACCUACACCCAUCCUGCACCAUUGUGUUCUCCCUCUUUGUUAACAAUAUGUUGGCCUCUUUCCCACUAAAUUGAGCACAAGCACUUUUACUUCUGCCUGUCUAUGUUGAACUUGUAUAUACAAACAUAUACAGGGCUGAUGGCUUGCCCCUCAAGGCCUUGCUUAUAUUAUCUCCUGGUCCUAGCUCUUUCGUGCAGCUUGUUUAAUCCUCUAAGCAGCCAAGCACAGAGAUGGGAAUUGAGUGUUUUGAUGAACAGAGUUUGUUACAAGCUGGCCUGGGUGGUCAUUCAGAAAAAGUGUGUGUAGUGCUUCUUAAACUCCAGUUUUAUUGCCAUUGUUUAGUUUACUUUGCAUCUCACAAUAAGCGGUAAAGUGUUGAGGGAACUAUGGGAGGAGGUCUUCCUGUUGGAAUGAAUGCUGCAUGCAUGACCUCAUAUAGAUGGCCGUUCAUUUAGUGUGGACAGAUAUGGAUUCUGAAAGCCAACCAAGAAAUGUGUUGCUCCAAAGAUAUGGUUGUAGUUUACAGUAGUUAAACAUACUUCAUACACUGUUUUUACAUAGGUUAAAGCAGACCCAUUAUCUAAAGGGGUUGCGUUUUCUUCACAGUUUUAUAAAGUUGUUUAAAUUACCUGUAAGUACAGGGCAAAAGGGUCUGGAUUAUGUGGCAGUUUAUGGCUUUGUGUGGCUAUUAUGAUGCUUAGCAGCUGGACAAAUAGUGAUUGAAUACUCCAUACUGCAGUGCAGUGUAUUCCACAUAUUCCCUCAGCCAUGUAGAAGGUGCAGUCAUGAGCAGAAAAGCACAGGCAGUUUAACUUAUAUCUGGACUUGCCAGUGUUUGAUCAGAAGUAUUAACAUGUCAGAGUAAAACCGUAGGUUAGGGAAGAGUCUUCAUUGUCUCAGUCCAUGUAAGUGUUUUGAAAUUUCCAUAAAUUAUAAAAAGUGUGUUGUUUGUUUUUCCAGGUUAUUAUUAAGCCAAUGUCUCUUUGCUGAAUCUGUAGCAUGUAGUUACUUCAUGCUAUCAUUUAAACUGAGUUUCCCUGUACUUAGAAUUCCCAAACCACAAACAUCUGGCACACACCUUUUGACUUCUAUUUAGAAAUGCACAAUGUAUCAAAGGCAAAUAUAUUAUUUGCAAAAAAAUUAAAAAUGCAGUUAUUUUUAAAGGAAAGAAAUAAUGGACAAGAAUUGAAACCAGCAACUUGGUGUCUCAUUUCUAGAUUGUGCAUGCACUGAAACAUGUCAUUGCUGUUGGAUCAAAACGUCUUAACUCUGUUUUUUAAAUAUCAUUCGAAGUCUGCUACCAUUUACACUUCAUGAUGAAUGAAUUAAAAGAAAUUGUCAAUUUGUCAAAUCAAAGUUUAUUUAUAAAGCGCUUUAUAUGACAGGUGUCCUCACAAAGCAACUUUACAGAUAAAAAAAAUCAUUAAAAUUUACGACAUUUUGGAGAUUCAAGGGUUUUCUGACCGAGUUGAUAUGCAGAAGCAUGUAUAUUUAUCAGUGAAGGGAAUUUCACUUCUUCUAGACCCCAAAGCUGUGUCUGUAGCACCCUUUCCUGUAACCCCUGCUGACCACCAAUCAUGUAACUUGAUGAAUAAUGACAUAAAACCAGCUUUCAUCCCAAAAUGGAUUUUAGUUUGUUCGAUAAUGGAUAAAAAAACGAACACAUUUCAUUUUUAUGAUAGUGUUAUAUAUUUAUACACCUUUUUAAAUUAAUUCUCCAAUUUUAUUUUAGCUGUUUUACUAAAGACAAGUUCAUGUUGUGUUGCGAGUGAAAUAUUCUCUAUAGGCUAAUAUUGUUCAGGACUGAUGGCUCAGCGGGGCAUUUUAACGUUCGAUUAUGAAGUUAAAUAGUAUAUAUUUAAAGCGGUGACAGUUCAUAGGCUAUAUGAAGCAGAUAAACCUAGUAGCCUGCUAUCUGUGUGUUCAGGUCUCAGUGUGUGCCACUAUGCUGUGGCAAAAAGUGAAGACGUGCUCCACUUCACUUUGAAUGUCAAGGAAAGGAACUUAUAGGUAACACUUUACUUUUGUGUGAAUGUUUUUUACCGUGUUUUUUUGUGAUGACUCAUCUAAAGUCUUUUACAGUAGAGUAUGUCAUGAUGAA